UCUCUCCUCUCGAGCCCUUUCUCUCCGUGUCUGCCUGCCACCCGCUGCCGCCACCAUGACCACCACCAACCGCCAGUUCUUCUCCUCCAACUCCAUCAAGGGCUCCUCUGGCCUGGGGAGCGGCUUGUCCCUCACCUCCCGCCAGCAGUCUGGCAGCCUGGGUGCCGGCUCCUGCAGGCUGGGGUCUGCCGGCAGCCUGGGCAAUGCCCUUGGGGAUGGCAGCUACUCCAGCUGCUACAGCUUCGGCUCUGGCGGCGGCUAUGGCAGUGGCGGCUAUGGCAGUGGCGGCUACGGCAGCGGCGGCUAUGGCAGCGGCAGCUUUGGCACUGGUGGCUAUGGCAGUGGCUUGGGAAGUGGUGAUGGGCUCCUGGUGGGCAGUGAGAAGGCCACCAUGCAGAACCUCAACGACCGCCUGGCCUCCUACCUGGACAAGGUGCGUGCCUUGGAGGAGGCCAACACGGAGCUGGAGGUAAAGAUCCACAGCUGGUACCAGAAGCAGAUCCCAGGGCCGGCUCCCGACUACAGCCACUACUUCAAGACCAUCGAGGACCUGAGGAACCAGAUCCUCAAGGCCACCACAGACAAUGCCAACAUCCUGCUGCAGAUCGACAAUGCCCGUCUGGCUGCUGAUGACUUCUACACCAAGUUCGAGACGGAGCACGCCCUGUGCAUGAGCGUGGAGGCCGACAUCAAUGGCCUGCGCAGGGUGCUGGACGAGCUGACCCUGGCCAGAGCCGACCUGGAGAUGCAGAUCGAGAACCACAAGGAGGAGCUGGCCUACCUGCGGAAGAACCACGAGGAGGAGAUGAGCGCCCUGCGAGGCCAGGUGGGUGGUGAGAUCAAUGUGGAGAUGGACGCCACCCCUGGCGUGGACCUGAGCCGCAUCCUGAAUGAGAUGCGCGAGCAGUACGAGAAGAUGGCGGAGAAGAACCGCAAGGACGCCGAGGACUGGUUCCUCAGCAAGACAGACGAGCUGAACCGCGAGGUGACCACAAACUGCGAGCUGGCACAGAGCAGCAAGUGCGAGGUCUCAGAGCUCCGGCGCACCAUGCAGGCCCUGGAGAUCGAGCUGCAGUCCCAGCUCAGCAUGAAAGCAUCCCUGGAGAACAGCCUGGCGGAGACAGAGAACCGCUACUGCCUGCAGCUGGGCCAGAUCCAGGGGCUGAUCUGCAAUGUGGAGGAGCAGCUGGCCCAGCUGCGCUGCGAGACGGAACAACAGAACCAGGAGUACAAGAUCCUGCUGGACGUGAAGACGCGGCUGGAGCAGGAGAUCGCCACCUACCGCCGCCUGCUGGAGGGCGAGGACAGCCAGCUGACUCAGCACAAGCUCAAAGAAUCUGCGACCACCCGCCAGGUGCGCACCAUUGUGGAAGAAGUCAAGGAUGGCAGGGUCAUCUCCUCCCACGAGCAGGUCCACCAGACCACCCACUGAGAACUCUGCUCCCCCCGCCGGCCCCUCUGGGGCCCCCCAUUGGCUCCGCAGACACCCCAAGCCCCAGCCCCCGGCUUCAGUCCCUUUCCCAUCCCCCCUCCCUGACCAAUAAAGCUUGUUG